UUGUUCGUGUUCUCCGCACGGGAGCUGCGCGUCGUUAUUCUUUUUUUUCCGACCUCCUCGUAGUCGGCGAGUGAGUAGUGUGCGCGGCUUCCCUCGCUGGCCACGCUCAACGAAACAUCACAGUGAACCCGACAGGCAAUCGACGGCGGCAAGGACCACGCGGCGAUCGCUCCACUAGAGCGAUUCGACGUUGGAAACGGGACUCCGCUCAGCUGCUUCUACAGCGACGACACCACCUGACAUCGCCCGGAGCUGUCAACUGCCCGACUCGACACGUUGCACGGCCGCGCUCUAGGGUGAUCCAUCCGCGCCUAGAGGGAUCCUUUGUGAAGAGUCGCCCGCAGGAAGGACGUCGUCUUCUUUGGAGAGUUCGUCGCCGCCUCACUACGUCCAGUGGGGGUGGACUGUUGCGCAGGACUCUGCGGCGCGUUCACUCGAGCCCCGCGUGGAACGACGGUGUCUGGGCGUCGACGGACGUAGGGUGGCGGCGAAGACCACGAGCCCGAUGACCGUGGACCUGUCGCCGGGCCAGCAGCAGUCCAAGUGCUCGCGGCAGCAGCACGACGGCGACGCGAUGCCCGGCGGACCGGCGCCCCCGUCGUUCCUCAUCCGCGACAUACUGAGCGAGUCGGGAGCCCAGGGGGCCGCAGCCGCGGCGGCGGCCGCUGCGGCCGCUGCAGCCGCCGCCAGCCUAGCAGCGGCGCAGGGGCUCGUACACAUGCCGUUCGGACAGCACCACCCGCUUCACCCGAUGGCACACCACCACCUGCCCAGGCCGCCGAGUCCCGCGGACAGCUACUCGAGACACUCGGACCGCGACGACGGCCACGGGAGCGAGUCCCCGGAACGAACGCUCGAGUCGCCCCCUGGCGGCGGCGGCGGGGGUGGCGGCGUGUGCUCGCUGAAGAUGAAGAAGCAGCGCAAGGCACGCACCGCCUUCACGGACCACCAGUUGCAGACCCUGGAGAAGAGCUUCGAGCGCCAGAAGUACCUUAGCGUUCAGGACCGCAUGGAACUGGCCGCCAAGCUCAACCUCACAGACACACAGGUCAAGACGUGGUACCAGAACAGAAGGACGAAAUGGAAGCGCCAGACGGCCGUGGGUCUCGAGCUGCUGGCGGAGGCCGGAAACUACGCUGCCGUGCAGCGAAUGCUCCAGACGGCCCCGUACUGGUUGUCCAGCUACACGGGCCUGUCGCCGCAGUCCUCGCUAAGCACUAUGGCUGCGUUGGACCUCUACUACCGGCAGGCCGCUCUGCAGAAGCCCAUGGCGUACCGGCUCUACCCGGGCGCUCCACCGCCGCCGGGGGUUCCGGCCGGGGUGGCUCCACCACCUCCCCAUCACGCCCCUCCUCCGCCGGGAGCCUCGAGCAACGGACUGCCCGCCUCCGUGGCCGUCGUGCCGCCACAGAUGCCGCCGCCGUGCUCGUCUUCGACGGCGAGCGCUUCGCCGUGCUCGACGGCCAGGCCGUCGUCUCCCGCUGCGCCGUCUCAUCCUCCUCUCCCCACGACGUCGUCGUCCUCUUUGUCGUCGAUGGCGGCGUCCCUGUCGUCUUCGGUGUCAUCUUUCCGGCCGACGAGUAGGGAAUCCUGUUAGAGGAGAACAGCGUCAGUCGCCCGCCCCAUCGCAGGUCUCCCGCACUGAUGCACCUCCUGCACCUCCUCCCACUCCUUUUGUAGAAAGCAGAGAAGAUUCCUCCCACCUUCGACCGUUGUCUCGCUCUUUGAUGCACUGCGAGAGACUGACUGAGAGAGGGACGGAGAAAAAUGGGAGGAUGGUGAGCUCUCGAAGCGGAAAGUCUAGUCGUUACACCCACGGAAUGCGAACUUUUCACUUUUAUUUUCUCAUUUGCCUAGCAAGAGCGAGCAGAACCACCGAUUUGAGCCAUUACCUAAACUUCGAUGUUUUGAGAGCUCUUAGAAGAAGAGCUUCUUGCGGGGUUCACUUUACCGGCGGGUGAAUGUUUUCCGCGGAUGAGAGGCUUUGCGCAAAGGACAGUAUAAGUUAGCGCGCAGCGGGUUGUCAAGUGACAUGCAAGUGAUGCUUGCGGAAAAGUUCUUUUGCCAGCCGACAACUUCCUUCGGGUCAAUUUGCUGCCACUGGCACGAAGCUUUUAAGCCGGGAGCAGAUUUGCCGACGGGUAUUAGCUAAUCCGUGCACGCGGCUACGUAUAGUGCAGUAGAAUUGUAAAUUCUGCUGCAUUUGAAUUUCCCGUGUAAGCAUGACGGUGCUUGUGAAGAAAGGAGCGUAAUAUGGUGGCGUAUAUGGCUAAGGGCAUGACACAUUACGUGGGACAGUAUUUCCGCAGGGGUGUUUAGACCAAAGUCAAACUUUAGGACGAACGCCUGUACUGUUCGGUAGCUCUAUCCCACGCAUCGACCAUUGCUUGUUAUUUUCAAUCGUGUAUGCGAACUCCCACCGUCUGCACCUUCCGUUAGCAAGGCAGUCUGCCGAGGAAGCAGUUACGAGAUGGUGACCUCGCGCCCCGGUUGAAACAGCAUUCUUGCGCACACUCCUUUGCUUAUGUUGUUCAGGCGUAGAUCGGCGGCGCAUUUCAGUCGCGAGUGAACGUGUUGAAAUUAAGCAAAAAGAUGCGUUGGGUUCCGAUGUCAGUGGCUAGCAUGGCCAUGGCCAACGUGCAACUUCUAACGCAUUCCACGCUUGAGGGCAAUCUUCCCGCGUUGUGUAAAUAACCGAAAGAGGAGAAAAGCUACAGGAAAGUCGGUAGUGGAUGUGACGACUUGCCGGAAGCAGCUUGGUAUUCUAUGGCGCGAGCCAGACUUGUUUACGGGUGCGAUAUCUGUUUGCUGAGAACUGUGUGCCGCCAACGCCGGUGCCGUGCUUCGAACUCGCAGAGCUGUUUGGAACAGUUUCGUGAAAACACUGAGUGCGUGCAAGAACUGAAGAAGACAAGGGCGGUCUUAUACGAUGGCGCCUACGGACAGCAGCGCCCUCUGCAGCGACGUAGGCUGACGUGAACCCUCUUCAAGCGGCAUUCCUGACCAUCCCCCGUCAAUUUGACCGACCUGUGACGAGACCACCGUAUUACGAACGCAUCUGCAAUUGUUCUUUCGCCGUACUGCUUUUGUUGCAUUCCCCCCCCCCCGACGUGAGAUCGCGUCAAGGUGUGCUGUGCGCUCUUGAACAGUCGCGCACGUUUUGCAAAAGUGACUGUGGACGAUGCGGGAAAAGAAUCGUGUGCCGCCAUCCUCGUGUGACAUUGUGAAUUGAAGCUCGGGUGUACGGCGCACCAGAACGCGCCCUGUGUAAUAUAAAUUUGUAAUCUCGCGUAGAUAUGGCAAUAAAAAAAUGCUAAUAAGGCGAGCAAAAAAAAAAAAACUGUUGUGUUGAGAGUUUCUGAUUUCGUGAACGUUAUAUUUUAUAUAACGUUCACGAUUAUACAUUUUAUAUUUUAUAUAUAUAUAUAUAUAUUUUAUAUAUAUAUUUUUUUUAUAUUUUUAUAUGUAUAGUUACGCCUCUUGAGGGGAAUAAGUACACUGUUUUCAUGUUGCUUAGCAUAACUUGCAGCAAGUAGUAAAGGAUCAGUAAGCCUUAGCUGCGGUUAGCCUGUCUGAGUAACCAAAAGGUAUCAAAACAUUCCUUCGUUUUGACCCCUCGACCGCUUCCCUCGGUUCCCUUC